GUGUUUGUGCGCUUCCCGUUUCUUGUUUUCGUUGUUAAAAACAUGGAUGUGAGUCAGAAAAUCGAUGCUGCUGUUUGCCUGAACACCCAGAGAUGUAAAACGAGCUGCUGGAAACACUGAAGCGGAACUUUAGUCGAAUAUAUCCGCUGGUUUUCUUUAAAAACUGCUUCUUUUUCCAGGCGGAGAUCCUCCAGCUGCUUUUGUUUUUGCAGCCAUGGACAUGUACGGAUACAGCGGCGUGUUUCUGGUGAAGAGGUUCCUGGAUGACCCUCCGUUUGCGGUGAUCAACAUGACCGACAUCAACAAGGCGAACCCUCACGGCUGUGAUAACGGAGCUCUGACCGACCGGUUCGGCGUCCUGAUCCAGGGGCUGCUGGCCAUCGUCGCCUUCAGCACGCUGAUGUUGAAGAGAUUCCGGGAACCUGUAGGGAUCAGACGGCCGUGGAGGAUCUGGUUUUUUGACACAUCCAAACAGGCCAUCGGUGCUCUUUUCAUCCACUUUGCCAACGUCUUCCUGUCCACUCUCACCAAAGAGGACCCAUGUUCCCUGUAUCUGAUGAACUUCCUCCUGGACGCCACGCUGGGGAUGCUGGUCAUCUGGCUCGCUGUCAAACUGGUGUCCAAACUGGUGGAGUACAAGCAGUGGACGCUGCUCAUGUUUGGAGAAUACGGUGACCCUCCUCAGGCAGCAGCUUGGCUCGGUCAGUGUGGAAUCUACCUGCUCAUCAUGGUGCUGGAGAAAGGUGUGAUCAGCCUGGUGCUGCUCGUCCCCGGAUGGUCCAAAUUGCAGGAGGUGUUGCUAAGCUACAUCGCUAACCCUCAGCUGGAGCUGGUGCUGGUCAUGCUCAUCGUGCCCUUCAUCGUCAACUCCAUCAUGUUCUGGGUGGUCGACAGCCUGACGAUGAGGAAGUACAAGACGAUGAAGAGCCUGGACGACUCCUGCGACAGCUCUGUGAAGAAGACCGACUCUCUGCCGUGGGUCAACAGCGAGGAGUCGCGGGUCCUGUUGACAGCGGAGACCGACACCGAGGAGGCCUCAGAGGGGGAGGAGGAUCCAGGCGAUGCCGGACCGGUCCCCCAUGUGCAGUACUCAGGUGGACCUCUGAGGCCGAGCUGGGUGAUGGUCUGAGCCCAGGUGACCUCCUUCCUACUCCUCCGUCCACCCUUUCAGCACACAAAACACUCCCACAAACCGAAAUAAAAACAACCCUGCAUCCUUAUCUCCUCAAUUUAAAGGUCUAAAUAUCAGCUUCUCCGCAAGCAAAGGCACAAUUAAAGGUCAUAGAACCUGUGAAUGUGAA